AUGGAUGUGCAUAGCAUGAGAGACAGUAGCGGAAUAUCAGACCAUUUCAUGGUGAAAACCAAAGUCAGAUUAAGACUAUCAAUAAAAUGGAAAGAGCGAAGAGCACCUGUCAAAAAGAUAAACAUUGAACCACUGAAGUACUCUCAGACGACAGAACAGUACAAAAAUAGGUUAAAUGAUAUACUGCGGCCAACGGAAAAUGCGAGCAGUAUAGAUGAGAUGUGGGAAAAAACCGAGAAGUCGAUCAAGAAAAUAGGAGAGGAAGUUCUGGGAUAUCAAGGAAAACGAGCAAUAAAUAAAUGGUUUAACGAAGAAUGCAAGACUGCCAUUUUAGAAAGAGACGAUGCAAGAACAACAAUGUUAAGGAAUCCAAGUGAAACCAAUAAACGAGAAUUAGCCUUAAAACAGAAAAGAGCGAAGCAGAUAAUCAGAAAAAAACAAAAGAAUGUGGGAGAAAACUAG